CGUCGAGCUGGUGUUUGGAUGCCUACUCAUGGUUCUCCGUAUAGUAUCUUCAUGCCGAAAGCGAGAGGACUAGGUUAAGAGACGUUUUACGUCAAUACGGUAUCCCUGAUCCUUUAUCCCAGUCUGAACAAGUCCGCAAGGCGAGCGAUGUACGGCCUUCUACCGAAGCCGCACAAGAUAUCCUCUCUCCUCUGACCACACAGCUCCUCAUAUCCCCUCUACCAGAAGUCGCUGGUACGACCCCGGAGACCUCCGCUGUGGAAAGUUUCAUAGCGCUCCCCGAUAUCGAGGAAGGCUGCAACAAGAAGAUUCCGAUGCCUGAACGGUGUGGAGCCGUAGGCUGCCCUUUCUCCUGCCAGUGCCGAUCUGUCGAUCUCUUUGAUGAUCCAUCUCAAAUACUUACUUCCGUGACUCGCGCCGCCUCAGGGUCUUCCUCACAUGGGCCAGCUUACAAACCCCAAAUACCUCUUGGCGCGAGUGGUCUGUCGUUGACUGCUCCUGGCCCGACGGUGAGCUCUAGCGUGAGUGAUCCACCAACUUGUCCAUCUUCGCCAUUACGUUCCAGCUCUGGCCCCUCCACUCCGGGAGAACCAUCGCGGAUCAAAAUACCUCCACCCCCUCAGAGGCACAACUCUCUCCACCUCCGAGAUCGUCUGUAUGACUUACUGCAAGAAGAGUCAUCGUCUCGAGCUUCGUCCUCCAUGCCAAACCUCACAUCCAGUCACUUCCCUUCGACACUCACUUCUCAGCACACUUCUACCAGUACCUCUACUUCUCAGUCUCGUUACGGAUCCCUAUCGCGUUCCUCUUCCUCGCGUCCUUCCGAGAUAUCGGUGACCUCGGAUGAGGUGUAUGGUAAACCGAUCACUCGUGCCAGUGACGUUGCCCAUGCCUUCGAAAUGUCUCAGCAAUUGGAGAGAGGUCGACCUUCUCGUUCACGUUCACGUUCUCGGAAGGAGCGGGAAGACGAUGCGCCCGCCACUCCCGACAAAGCCGAACAUCCUCCCCAGGCGCCGGCACCCUCUACAUCUCGUAGUCCUGAAACUCCCAACACUCCCCGGAGCCGCAGUACGCGGCGUGAAAACAGUCAGAGCCGUUCGCGGCUCACCCCCACUACCACCUUGUCUUAUUCACAAUCCAUCACAAACUUCUACUCUGCUUCUGGCCCUUCACGAUCUCCUAUUUAUGGUCAGCCUAAUUUGAAGACAUCUAGCUCGUUUCGGGCGACUCCUGCGUUCUCGUCUUAUCAUUCAUCCAUUGGCAGUGGUAAGGGGAAAAUGAUAGCUUCAUCGAUGACAUUACCUGGAGUCACCUAUGCUUGAUGGAGCUCCUGUAAUAUACGCUUUCGACAUAAUAUGGUAUCUUCCAUCCUAUAAAUUGGAAGGGACAUUUACGGAUUUGGUGUGUUGUUAUUAUC